CAAAAUGCCAAAAAUACUUUACACAUAUCAAGUCAGGGUUAAUGAUGACAGGAAGAGAUGAUGAGAAGAAGCUCGCGCUGCCCGCAUCGCAAGGUCCGCGCAUAACGUCAUCGGGCGCUCGAGCGCCGAUUAGCGGCGAUGCACGUGUUUCCUGUUUCUGUCUGACGGGCGAUGUCAAGAUUGGCGGAGUCAGCUGUUUCGCAGCUGAAUCCGAACUUCGCGGUCUCGCGAGUGCGGAUGUGACGAUGCAGAAAUUGUGCGACGGAUUACAUAAUAUACACGCGCCACGUCGCCGCCUCAAUUACACGAACCGUACGCUAUAGUGCGUGCUGCGCGUUUCGUGGGACGUCAGCACUGUAAAUAGAAGUGCUGGAAGCGCCUCGAGAACGAAGGUGCCGGCCGUCUUCGUGUUGCGCAUUAGCGUCAGUGCAACUGGAAUUAUCGAAUCAACAUCGUUUUCUGCAUCGAAAUCAGGCUAAAUCGUCGGAGCAGUCACAAAAAUGGCCAGCUCCCCGAUUAUAAACCCGGAGAUUCCGUAUGUGGGAGCAGUGGAGGGUGGCCUGAGAGCGGGCACAAUGGUGAAGGUGCAGGGUAAAGUGCCUCCCCACGCUGUACGAUUCGCUAUUAACUACCAACUGGGACCGACGUUAAAUCCAAGAGACGAUAUAGCCAUUCACGUGUCACCGCGCUUCCCCGAAGGUAUCAUCACCAGAAAUCACAUCGAGUCAAUGUCCUGGGGCGUAGAGGAGAAUGCAGGCCCGCUGUGGAUUCAACCAGGCCAGGAGUUCGAGAUACUGAUUCUAUGCGACCAUCACUGCUACAAGAUCGCUAUCAAUGGCAGACAUUUUGCGGAGUUCGCCCAUCGAUUACCGUUCAUAAAAGUUACUCAUCUGGUUAUCGAUGGUGAUGUCGAAGUGCAUUCCGUCUCUUACGAACAAGUCGACACACCGAGAUCGCCAGCUACAGCGCCAGAGGGUGUGCCGGCUGCUAACUUCGGACCGCCCGCACCGGGUGGAUUGUAUCCGACGAUCCAGCCAGGUGGAUACGGACCUCCCCCACCGACUGGUUACGGCCCUCCUCCCGACGCCUACGGUGGUCCAGGUGGUUACAAUUCACCGAGGGGCCACGGACAACCUGAGAAAGCGGAGGAGGAGGAUAUCUUCGGAGGCUGUCUGGACAAAGUUGGAUUGGCGUUAGGCGGAUUGGUGGCGGCUGGAGGAGUGGCGGCGGCCAUGCACGCGAUGAAUAAGAACAAGGAAGAAGAAAAGGAUCAUGAAAAAUCGGACGCUUCCAAAUCGAAGACGGAGAGCGAGGGUGGAUUCGGAGGCUUGGCUGGAACCCUCGGGAUGGCUCUAGCUAGCAGCCUGGCGAGUAACGCUAUGCAAAACACACAUGCGCAGCAAGGUUAUCCCCAGCAGCAGUCAGGCGGCGGCGGUGUAUUGGACUCUAUUCUGGGAGCAUUGGGCGGUGGAGGAUCUCAGCCGCCUGCCUAUCAAAGUCCACAGCAUCCACCCGGUGGUGAUGGUCUGAGCGGAACGUUAGGAUCUCUAUUCGGUGGCGUUCUCGGCGGCGGAGGAAGUCAUCAUCAGCAGCCAGGGUAUCAACCUUCGGGAGGGUACGGCGGCUAUCAACCGUCAUCCGGCGGUGGAUACGGCAGCCAAAGUUCUGGAUCGGAUCUUUUGUCAGGACUAGGAUCCGCCUUGUUCAGUUCUGCUUUCGACGGUCUGACUAAGCGUGGGAAAGAUAAUUCUCAUGAUGAACAUCGUUCACCGCCUCCGAGUUACGAGCCACCGAGUUACGAGCCACCGAGAUACGAGCCUCCUCCACCGCCAGUGCCAAAAUCGAAUCCACGUCCGAAAACUCCACCGUCUUCCGGCGGGCAUAAAUUAACCGCGGAUGAAAUUUCGAAGGGACUUGGAUUGGACGAUUGAACGCUUUCAAUGGCGUAAAAGAUAUUAUAUAUAUAUAUACGCAAAUUGGCGUUUUUAUGCUCUCUUGUUGGUUGGAUACGUAAUCUCACGAAUCUUAUUUACUGAAAUACGCUACACGGUGCACUCGUUCAUGUCUCUGCAAAUGAGCAAAUUUUUAGCUGUAUUGACAGCUAUAUAUAGUAACAUAAAAUGUGAGUGAGUACCUCCUGAUAUUAUAUAUCUUGAAUCUUAUACGAUAUAAAUUAAUUUCAGAAAUCUCGAUCAAGAUUAAAUAGAAUUAAGCUUGUUCCAAAACUGCUUUUCCAGGACUUAAAGAUUGGUGCAUAUCUUAGGUCGAAAUUUAGACAGAAAUCAAAUAUAAACCGCUUUCUACAAAGCCUUCCACGAAAUAGUCUAGUUAACAGCUAUGCAGAUAUAGCAACAGGGCUAAAGAUAUUUUAAGAUUAUAUUUUUAUAAAAAUGUUUUAUUAUUUUAGAAAAGUGUGGCCUUAGGAAGAUAUAUAUCUAUACUUUAUAUAUUAAAAUAGCGGAUAAUGCACAAUUAUUAUUUAUUAUUUAUAACAGAAAUAAAAAUAUACAGAUACAUCACUGGAAUAAGACAUAUUAAGUAGAAUAUAUUAAGUUGAAUGCGUUCUAUAGAAACGUUAUGUGCAUUCAACUGUAACGAAGAGCUUCCAUCAAAAUGGUUGUUUCCGGUAUUGUAUUUUUUCGAGAUGCAAAUUUAAUAAAAUAUUUAAUAAUCAUGAAA